UCCACUUUCUCAGAUUCCAAUCUACUUUUCUUUAUUCCACAGAUUUCUGUUUAUGAUAAUUUUUUAAUUUUUUUUUUCAAUUUUUUAACAAUUUUUCAGAUGCUGUUUUGCACUAUAAAAUCAGAAUCGAACCACGAUUCAAAUCCCCUUCUCCUUCUCUUUUCUCUCUCAGCCACUCUUCUGUCUCACCUUGCCUUCUUGAUUUUCAUUUCCUAGGGUUGUUUCAUCCUGAUUUGGAUCCAAACAACUCAAUUGGUUUCAGUUUUAUCAAUCUAGAUUAGUUGGGUUUAGGGUUUAGCCCAUAAAUUUUUCUUCAGCAUCAUUAUACUCAAGGAUUAAGGGGUUAUUUUAAGCUAAUCUUGAUGCUUAAUUUAUUGUUCUUGAUCUUUGAAAUUGAUGUCUGCAAUUCUAAGUGAGCUUUUUCUUUCUGGGUUUAUGAUAAAUUCUUCAUAUAGGCGCAGGACUCAUUUAGUUCAAUCCUUCUCUGUUGUUUUCCUUUACUGGUUCUAUUACAUUUCAUGAUUUUUGCUGUCACUUUUCUGAUUAUAAUUUAUAAGUAGCCGAUAUAAAUAAAUCUCUAUCUAUAUAAUUAUUAUAAAAUAAACAAAAUAUAGCUCUAUCUCUAUCAGGGUCCUGCUAAAAAUAUAUAUCUUUUUUUUUUUUUUUUUAAAUCUUGAGCAAUUCGUUAAGGUUUCUGUUCGACUGUGUGAAGUUUAAUUAUACUGCAUACUUCACAAUAAGGUUGACUGGGUGAAUUUUCGGAAAGUCGGGAUUAGGACUUGAUCCAUAACAGUUCCAUGGCUUCAUCUAGUGGGACAUCGUCAGGAUCAUUGGAGCUUCAGAAUUCAGGCUUUGAGGAAGAUCUUCAGAAAUUGAUGGAUCAGAAGAAGAGGAAGAGAAUGAUUUCGAACCGGGAAUCAGCACGUCGAUCCCGGCUGCGCAAACAAAAGCAAUUGGAUGAUCUAAUGGCCAAAGUCGCUCAAUUUGGGAAUGAAAAUAAUCAGAUUAUCACAAGAAUGAAUUUCACCACUCAGCUUUAUCUCAACAUUGAGGCUGAGAAUUCAAUUCUCAGAGCUCAAACGGCUGAACUUAGCCACAGACUGCAAUCUCUUAAUGAAAUCCUAAAUUUCUUGAAUGCUAACAAUGGUGGUUAUGGCAUUGAGGAGAAUUAUUCAAUUGCAGAGUCUGCUUAUAUGAACCAAUCUUGCAAUUCUCACUUUGUUAAUCAGCAGCCUAUUGUGGGUAUGGCAGAUUUCUUGCAUUAUUGAUUUGCUCAAACUUUUUGACAUGUUCAGUAGGAUGGACGGGAGAAUUUUAAGUAUCAACUGUUGUAUGAUUCCAGUAUUGCAUGCUAAAUAUAUCCACGAGGGGUGAAGACUUUGCAUUGGUAGGAUCGAAUGAUAAGAUUAUUACUAGGAGAAGUUUGAAGCACUAAUGAAAUCAGAGGUAUAUUAGUUCUAGUUAAUGAACUGUUACAAAGUAUGGUUUUCAAGAACUUGUAUUUGGCUCUCUAUGUAAUGCAAUAAUCUCUCUGUGCAAUAAUUUUUUUUUUUUUUAA